ACUUCGCUCAACAUGUCAAGUUGUGGGUCAACAAUAUACCUACUAAGUCUGUGGUCAACAAUCGAAUUGUCAAAAAUCCAAAAAAAGCAAACAUCAACAUCAGUGCGAAUCAAUGAAUAGAAAGAAAUAAACUUAAAUUUUAUAUAAAUAAUAAUGGCACCUAAACUAAAAUUCGCCGAAGGUGAAAAAGUAUUAUGCUUCCAUGGUCCCCUUAUUUACGAAGCAAAAUGUCUCAAAAGUUCUGUUACAAAAGAUAAAUAUGUUCGUUACUUGAUACAUUACGCCGGGUGGAAUAAGAAUUGGGACGAAUGGGUACCAGAGAGCCGUGUGUUAAAAUACAAUGAAGCAAAUGUGCAGCGCCAGAAGGAAGUACAAAGGGCACACUCUGCACAACCUGCUAAGACAAAAAAAACACCAGCGAAAGGACGAAAGUCUGAAGCAGCUGCCUCCACUCCUGCCAGAGAUGAGUCCAGAGCUUCCACACCUGCUGGUAAAGAUUCAGAAACAACCCCUGCGCCGGCUAAAGCUUCUAAAACUCAAAGCAAGGACACACCCGCUGACUCAGGAUCUGACCAACCAAAAAAAAAACGCGGGCGUUUGGAUCUAUCAAUAGAAUCUGAGGAGCAGUAUCUAGCGAAGGUCGAGGUGAAGAUCAAGAUACCUGAGGAGUUGAAGGUGUGGCUAGUGGACGACUGGGAUGUGAUCACGAGACAACAGAAAUUAGCCAUCCUCCCCGCCAAAUUGACCGUUUCACAGAUAGUAGAUAACUACCUUGCAUUCAAAAAGUCCAGUAAAUCACAUAACCAAGCGAAGGAAUCCGUCCUCCUUGAUAUAACGGAAGGAAUCAAAGAAUACUUCAAUGCAACGCUGGGCUCGCAGCUGUUAUACAAAUUUGAAAGGCCACAAUACAGUGAGAUAUUACAAGAGUACCCGGACACACCCAUGGCUCAGAUAUACGGGUCGAUACAUUUGUUGAGAUUGUUCGCUAAAAUGGGUCCGAUGUUAGCGUAUACGGCUUUAGAUGAGAAGUCUCUGCAACACGUGUUGACUCAUAUGCAGGACUUUUUAAAGUAUAUGGUGACGAAUAGAUCAACGUUGUUCAAUUUGCAAGACUAUGGGAAUGCGACGCCUGAAUAUCAUAGGAAAGUUCAAUAAUUGUUCGAUAAUCUAGUGACUAAGCUUAGUGAUUUAAUAAAUGAAUUGUAUCG